ACUACCAUUAAGGGGACAUGCGGCUCAAAAAAGAAAAAAACUUACACUUUUGAAGCAAAAAAACAAACUCUGAAAAUUUGAAGGAUUUUUGACCCAUAUGUUCCCUUAAUAAUUAUUAUUAGCAUUGAUUCUUCCUCUAUUCACUAUUAUUAUUUUUCUCUUUCCAGAUUCCAAAUGUAAGGAGAAAUGGCAGCAGUUAAGGAGCAAUUUCAUGAGAGAAAAGAAGAAACUUGAUACUCAUCCAUCUGGUUCAGCCAAUGUCAAAGUAAGGAAAUGGGUAUUCUACAACACAAUGGCAUUCCUCACACCUUAUGUGGCACCACAUGCCACAUCUAGCAAUGUACCGCCACCCCUUGAGGAAAUGAAUACUGAAGUUGAUACGGAUGAUGCUGCAGUUAAUGAUACUGACAGUGCGCGUUCAGUAGGAACUGCAAGUAAUGUGGAUGUCUGUGAAGAGGAAAGUAGUACAUCUGCUAUGAAGCAGCCAUCAUCUACAGCAAAGAAAAAAACUGCCACCAAGAAACGUUGCUGCGAGCUUCAAAGUGAUGUAGAUGAGCAAAUCGUGGGGGAGUUACAAAAGAUGCGAGAACAAGCAGUUAGUAGAAAUGGAAAAGAAUCAGACUCAGAUUGUCAAUUUCUGCUAAGUCUUCUCCCUCUCAUAAAACAAUUGUCACCUAUGGAUAAUCUUGACAUUAAAAUUGAAAUCCAACUGGCCUUUCGGAGAAAACUUGCAGCGAAUGAAAAGUAUAGCUACGGUUACCGUACUGCCUCACUACAAAAACCGUCUGAACCAUCACCAUAUGCUUAUGAAAGACCAUCACCAUAUGCUUAUGAAAGACCAUCACCAUAUGCUAAUGAAAGACCAUCACCAUAUGCUAAUGAAACGACAUCAGCAUAUGGCCAUGAAACACCAUCACCAUAUGCUCAUGAAACGACAUCAGCAUAUGGUCAUCAAACUACGUCAGCAUAUGCUAGUAAAGUGAUGUUUGAGAAGUAACUUGCCUUUAAUUGCCAAUUAAAAGUGUUUAAUUUUCAUUUUAUAUUAUUAUUUUACAUUAUGUAGUUAAUGUGCAGGGUAAUAUUUCCUUUUAUAAUCCCCUUUAUAGGUAAUUCAGUUCAAUAUAUGUACUUAAUUGGAAUGUUAACACCAUUAUUUGUAUCCAUCAUGUAUCAGUAUUGGAACAAUAAACAUCGAAAAUAAAGUGUAUCUCAUUUACAGCUACAUUAAACGCUCGACCAAUUCAUAAAGGGAAUGAUUUUAAAUUAUUUUCUUACCUUAGAUAAAGGGCCAGUCUUUCUUCCGGUUGAAUAGCACGACGGUAAUUAGCGUUCUGUUUCUCAAUGGAGGGCCGAAGCAACUCAACCAACAUCUUAAAUUGCUCAUUAUUAAUCCUAAAGAAGUUAUAAAACUUCUCUAGAUUGUUGACCAAAUCUGGGAACAAAUGGGCGAAUGUUCCAAAUUCU